CUCAAUAGUGUGGGGGUAGGAAGUCUGACUCACUCGGAGCCCAUGCUAUAAACUUGAGAAGAAACUCAGUUUCGGAGAGAAAGAGAUAAAGGCUUAAUGAGGAGGUUAUGCAUAAAUAAAAUAACAGCUAGAAAAAAGGCACAUCCAAAAGCAAAUUUUACCUUUUACUAUUCUUUACGAUCCAUGCACAAAGAUUUAUUACGCUUACAAGACAAGUGAUACAAAAAAGUAUUCUCUCUGUACAUGAGCAAAACGCUGAACUGCCAGUUCUGAAAAAGCAACAAAAAUGGGCUUCAUACUACAGGUGACAGUGCUCUCGACUGUCGCUCUCUGCGUGAUGUCCGGCGUUAUGGACAGGAGAAAUGAAGUGACCGAAGCAAUGGCAUAUUUGAAGAAGUAUGGGUACCUCCACACUCCGCUAGAUCCAAACAGUCCAGGGUACCAGGGAAAGGAGGACAUCGCAGAGGCCCUCAGAAUCUUCCAGAAGGUGACCAGUCUGCCCAUCACAGGAAAGAUUGACAAGGCCACCUUAGAUAUGAUGAAACAGCCACGCUGUGGUGUGGAAGACCCAUUCAAUCCGAAGUCGUUCAAAUACAGAAUAAUGGGCUUUUGGCGCAAGAAGAGCCUCACUUACCGGAUCUACAACUACACUCCUGAUCUGGGCCUGCAAAAAACGCGCGAGGCCAUCCGCCUGGCCUUCAAGUACUGGAGUGAUGUGACCCCUCUGGUCUUCCAGGAAGUGUACAGUGGGCGGGCUGACAUCAAGAUCUCAUUCCAUAAGAAGGACGGCACCUGUACCGUGCCCUUUGACGGGCCAGGUCGUGUUUUAGCCCAUGCGGAGGCUCCAGAGUCAGGAAUUGUGCACUUUGAUGAGGAUGAGUACUGGACCGAGGGCAAGUACUACGGUGCCAACCUGCGGAUCAUUGCUGCGCAUGAGAUUGGCCACGCCCUGGGGCUGGGCCACUCACAACUGAGGAGCGCCCUGAUGGGGCCUUUGUACAGCGGUUACCGUGACAACUUCCAGCUGCACCCAGAUGAUGUGAGCGGUAUCCAGAGACUCUACGGUAAGAGAGUGACCAGUACACCGACAGUAUCCAAUGAACACGCCCUGGAAACUUCCACGAUGGUUGUCCCUGUGAGGCCUGGUACAAAGCCAGAUCCUUGCACAGCGAAGUUGGAUGCAAUCAUGUUAGGCCCCUACCAAAAGAUCUAUGCUUUCAGUGGGGAGUAUGUGUGGACAGUGUCCGACUAUGGGUACAACACGCCAGUCAAGAUCAGCAUGCUCUGGAAGACCUUGCCAGGGAAUCUCAAUGCUGCGGUCCACUCCAGGAGAACCAACAAAACCUACUUUCUGAAAGGAGAUAAAGUGUGGAGGUACUCAAACUUCAAUCUUGACUACGGCUACCCCAAACAGCUGACCCGCAUCCCCCCCAACAUUGACUCAGCGUUGUACUUUGAACUCAACAAGAAGCUGCUCUUUUUCAAGGGCUCAGAUUACUGGCAGUGGGAUGAGAUGAUUUAUACAGACCUAAGUGUUUACCCCAAACCCAUCUCGCAGAUCAUCACUGGGGUGCCAUCCAACCCCGAUGCAGCCUUUACCUGGACAAAUGGCAAGAUCUACUUCUUCAAGGGAGACCAAUACUGGCGUGUCAACAGCCAGCUGCACGUGGACAGAGGUUAUCCUCUGAACAUGUGGGAACGCUGGAUGCAGUGUAGCAAGUAGGCCACUAGGUGGCAAGUGACUUCAGGGAAGUGUGCAGCUGAGUCUCAUGGAGAGAGAACAGAGUCUGAUAUGUCUCAGGAAAUGAUUUAGAACAUUUAAAAGCUUUCCACUGACAGUUGCAUAAUAAUGACAGCUCUAUUUUAGUUUAGCGGUUUGGUGCUACUUGACACAACAAAUCUGAUGCACUGAACAGAAAUGCAAUAACUGGACGAUUAACAUGAACCUUUUCCAUUAGGGGUUGUUCUAAGCACUGAAAUAUUAAGAAGUCAAAAGUUCUUGCCUCAAUAUGGCUCUGUGCCUGAAGUUUGAAGACUCUUUGUGAAAUCAUGAGACACUGUCCCCAGUGGUUAAGAUGUGGCAUUACAGGAAUUUGUGAAUUAGUGCCAUGCUGAACAUUAGCAGGAAGUUAAUAAGACUUUUAUACUGUUUAACAGAUACAGGUGAACAGGAGUUUUAAUGGUACCAAUAGCAAUAGUAUCUCCUUUCAUGCAUUUUCAGUAUUCAAGUAUUUUUUUAAACUUUGUACAGGACAUAGAACACAGUGUAAUUUAGUAACAAUAUAUUGUCACUAAAUAGUGAAUUAUAAUACUAUAUGGAUUGACAUGGCGAUUACAGGAUAAUUGUGUAAAUGCACUUACAUUUUUAACAAAUUAAAGAUACUAACUAUGAAAACUCA